GAAUUUAAGGUUAUAAUAUUGACAAUGGUAUGUUGACAAAAUGAAUUUUAUCAAUUAAAUAAUUAAUUUCAAUAAAGGGAAGUUCCCACUACCACUAAUUUCGUGAAUAGUGAAGUCUACGAAGAUAAGAUUCGUCUAAAUAAAAGCAUUAAUGGAAUCAAUAUGGCUAAUGAACCUUUGGUAGUUCAAGCUAUUUAUUCCUAUAAGAGAAGUAACAAUGACGAGCUAUGUUUCAAAAAAGGUGAUAUCAUCACAGUCACCCAAAAGGAUGACGGCUGGUGGGAAGGUACCCUCAAUGGUGAAACUGGUUGGUUCCCCUGUAAUUAUGUCAAGGAAUCUAAAGAUGCUCCCAAGCCCAUUGUCACCCAACAAAACCAGUAUAAAAGUGUCGUGCUCAAAGACUUGAUUGAUUCUGAGAAAGCACAUGUCACGGAACUUGAAGGACUUGUCACGAACUUCUUGCAACCUCUAGAAAAAAGUGUGAUAUUGACAAGUGACGAGUAUAAACAGCUGACAGGAAACAUCACUGAGGUAUUAGAAACUCACCAGCAAUUGCUGAGCCUUUUAGAAUUGGAGGCGAACAAACCUAGUCAUGAACAAAAAGUGGGAAAAUUAUUCCUCACUUGGGCGCCAAGAAUAAAAAGUGUUCACCAAAAGUACUGCUCGCUGCAUCCUAGGGCAGUAUGCAUACUAGACAAAUACCGUGAUGAACUCACUAAAUAUAUGGAAUCAAAGGGUGCCGCGAAUCCAGGCGUUCUUGUGCUUACAACGAUGUUGAGUAAGCCGUUCCGGAGGUUAGAGAAGUACUCGGGUAUGCAGCAAGAGUUGGAAAGGCACGUUGAAGAGAGUCAUCCUGACAGAGGGGAUACCCAGAGGUCUGUCAGUAUCUAUAAAGAUAUAGCAGGCAAACUGUUUCUCUCCGGCGUAUCAGUCACAAGGCUGGAGGACACCGACCAGUACAAAAACGCGUUCGAGAUCGGCGCGCCGAUGAUCGACAAGAAGAUCGCAGUGUGCCAGAGCAAAGAAGAAGCGGACAGGUGGGUGGAGCUGAUCGGCAGACAGACGCCGAGGAGCGGCGCACUGACUAGAUUCCAAUCAGAUGAAUCCUUCGUUUUUGAAACUGUUGUAGAAGGCGAAAUUAGUGUCGGAGGUAGUAUUUUUGGUGAUACGGAACCUUUAUCUAUAACAGAGGUUUGUUUUGAUUCCCUCGUGUUUGAUGGUGCUGUUGGAUUCGCCAAUUUGGUACUGAAACCAGCAAGCUUUGUGGAGAGCAUUUCCUGCCAACUGAUUAUUUAUUUAUACAUACCAGCUACUGCUAGGUUAUUGAAACCAGAUGCUCCUUCUCGAAUGAAUCACAGAGGAUACUGUAAUAGAACGUCCGUCCUGAGCUUUAAGACAGACCUGCUCUAUCGACCAACUUACCCUCCAGAUCACUACCCUUCUGCGGCCCCCUUCGCAGCUCUAACAAAGUAUUUCCAGAAACUCAUCAGGCAAAAAGUGAUAACUAGAAAACUCCUCAAGCAGCUACUCUAUUCCGAAUAUCUGAACAAAAUGAACUUGAGCUUAGUGAGGAUACGCCACCACAAGACUGAGAUUAGUAUUGUUACUAAAGAUAUCCACUGUAGGGAUAGUAUUAUUAAUUGUGAUAGUGAUUCGGACAGUGAUAGUUCGGAGUCUGAUUCAAGUGAUAGUGAUUUCCAGUCUAAGAGUAGAAAAGAUUCUGAAUCUUUGACCUCGAGUAGUUCAAGUAAUCCGUUUGGUUAUAUAAGGUAUUAUAAUCCACAAACGGCGUCUGAAAGUAAAGAAACCAAAUACGAAAGUUUCAUAGAUCAUGCGCUGACUUCACCGUCAAUGAAACCUUCGAAAGAACCAUCCAAACUUCCAAGUGUGUUAGUUUCAACGGCUAACAUACAGUUGACGAAACAAUACUCUGAAGAAUCAGAAGCUAGUUCUUUUUUCCCAGAGCCGAAGGCUUAUAUGGCUUGCGAAAACUUACCCAACCUCAAAGGCAGCUUGGAGUUGAAUCAUCCUGUACCUAACACUUACGUCCCAACUACUAGACAAAGCUGUCCAACGAAAUUGGUCGGGAAUAAAUUCAAUCAGAGUAGUUUGACGACUAUCUACAUACCUACCUGGUCAAGUAGUGACAACAACAUAGCAUGUAAAAAACAGCUAGAAGAGGUGAACAGGAUUUCAGUCAGCAAGUCUAAUAGCAGUACCACAACGCAUUCUAGUACUCUGGAGCUUCCCGUGAACACGUUACCUCUUCCUGAUAAGGUGCUAGGAGAGCUACUGUACGGCGAAUUUGCUAGACCAGACUCUGCCGAGUCAUCUUCCGAUAUAGUCAUCGAACCACCCACAAUGUUUGCCAAAAACGACGUCAAAUUAGCCUCGCAGAGCGUGAGUCUCAACUUGGAACAUGUAGGAUUCCGGAAACACAGUAUUAAUUCAGAUAAACCUAGGAGGAGGAGCAGUCUCCAGAUUAAUCCUAGAGAACUGAAGAAGUGCGUCAGUUCUCAAUACAUCAAAAUGUCCAACCCGUCGUUCUGUCAGUGCUGCAUGGAACAUUGUCACAGUCCUAGGUCCUCGGAUUCCGGAAUGGCCGGCAGCUACACCCUGAACUCUCCAGAUUCUGCGAACAUGAACGACAAUGACUCACCUGCUCGUCUGAGAGCUAGCAUGGAUUUGGCCAACCGGUUCCACAACUAUGGCGAUAAGCUCGAUGGUAUCUCCUUGAGCGAAAUCGAGGCUAGGGACUUCGAAUCGGAGUGUCCAUGCACUUCUCCGUUCGGAUCGACUCCGCGAACUUCCGGGCAAGAUUUCGUGCCUGAGAACGUUUUGACGGGAUCUCAGGACAGUCUGCGGCCGUCUGUCACUUCUAGCAUCGAUCUGAUGCCCAGACUGCAUUCCAAAGUGAGGUUAAGCGAUAGGGGGCCUCUGAAAUCGCAGUCGGCUGGGUGUUUGCUGGACGAAACGAUCGAAGAUGAGGAAGAAGGGGGGACGGAGGAGGAUCGAGCUGUGUAUAGGUCUGGACUGUACGCGCAUUGGUGGUUGAAAGCAAAAAUCCCUGCUAGUGUGGUCAAAGGGAUUUAUAUGGAAACUAGAUCACCCGCUACAGGCAAGGGCAAGUGUUGGUUGCAGUGUAUUGGUUUUGUUCCUUGUGAUUUUAUGUCUCCGCUGGUAGCAAGAGGCCCGACCGCGCCGCUCACCAGCCCGCCCCCUAACCGCCAUCAAGCGGCCCCGCGCUCGACCACGCCCUCUCCCCACUCCCGCCCCGCCCCCUCUUCGACGCGCGCCGAUUGGUCGUCCGGCUGCCCCGCCCCCUCGUCGACGCGCGCCGGUUGGUCGUCCGUCCGGCUGCGGCCCACGCCUCCGCUGCGUCCUUGUUUCGCGCUCGGCGCCACGCCCAACGGACCGUACUCUAGGGGUGGCCGGCAGCCGACCAGUUACAAGGAGGACGGGCUCAUUCUGGACGUCAUCGAGGUGUAUUGUUCGGCGAUGAAGGCGAGAGGCGCUGUUAACUCAGUGUUGGCACGAUCGCGCAGCUCCAGCUCCGACCUGGAUCGUUCAUCGGCGGUGGUGGCGCGGCCUGUGAAUCCGCAGCACUACAGGCCGCACGCCAGACGGGCGUCCACGUGGUGCUGCGGAUCGUUCGUUGCGCGACAGCUGCUGCGCAAGACGCAGCAUCUCGAUUAG